GCUUAUAAGCUCACCUCAAGCUUCGAGUCCAACCAAAAGAAUCUCGCACUCUUCUCUUCUCACGAACAGCAAGCUCAAGUCUCACGAACUUCACAAUCUAAAAACCCCUUUUCAACAAAAUGUCUGCUCUUAAGGCCGGUGACUCUUUCCCCGAAGGUGUUACUUUCACCUACGUCGCGCCCAGCGGUGACACAGACCUUACCGUCUGCGGUCUUCCCAUCCAGUAUGAUGCCAGCAAAGCGUUCGCGAACAAGAAGGUCGUCCUCGUCGCCGUCCCCGGUGCCUUCACCCCCACCUGCCAGCAGCAGCACGUCCCCUCGUAUCUGGCCAAGCUCGAGGAGUUCAAGUCCAAGGGCGUCGACCAAAUCAUCUUCAUUGCCAGCAACGAUGCGUGGGUGAUGGCCGCUUGGGGCAAGGCCAACGGUGUUAAAGAUGAGUCUAUUCUCUUUAUGUCCGAUGCCGACUGCAAGUUCAGCAAGAGCAUCGGCUGGACCCAGGGUGACCGCACCAAGCGCUAUGCUAUUGUCAUCGACCACGGCAAGGUUACCUACGCCGAGUUGGAUGAGGUGCCUAAGAGCAUCGCCAACACUGGUGCCGACGGUGUCCUGGCUAAGCUCUAAAUAGAGAAAAAGGGGGCAUGGAAAAGCCAAAGCAAAGAAACAAAACAAAGGCAAACAGUAAUCAUCUACACCGGCAAAACUCAUAUACUGUGGUUGGGAGCAAAAGUAGAAACCCCCCUGCCAGGCACUUUUUUGCACAGACAAUAUGUGUUCAAUACCUGCUUUACCUAAUUAGACUUACCCACCACACCAAGUAGAGAAGUAAUAGGAACCAAAACAAAUGUCAAGGGGAACGCGAUGAUAGUCGCGGGAUACUCUUGUUGUGACUGGGUAUUUGCUUGAUAGAGUAUCACGAGGUAUAGAGAAUAGAAGCCGCGUGAUAUGCCUUUUGCCCGCUGAAGCGCAGCGUUAUAUUAUG